ACGCGGCCGGCGGCGGCACCGGGGCGUCCGGGCGGGCCAGAGCGGCUGCUCGCUGCCGCUGGAGACCCGGCCGCCCCAGGCCGGGCCGGGCCGGGCCUGGGGCGUCUGUGGGAGGGUGGGCUGCCCCGGCGCCCGUGCCGCGGGGUCGGGAGCCGCUGUGCAGCCUCAAAGCGGCGCCGUGGUGAGCGGUGGGUAUUGAUAUGGACAGUGUUUCCUCAGGCUCUUCUCUGCAGUUCCUCGCCAAACUACUUCGUGAUGCUCAAGAAAAUGAUGAUGAUGAUGAUGAUGAACAUGUGCCACACUGUUCUGUUAGCACCAUGACUCCUGGUAGUAUUGGACCAGUAAAGAAAGAGGCCACUGGUACUUUUCAAGUGAAAUCUGAAAACAGGAAAACUAUUUGGAGUGCAGAGGAGGUCCCAGAAGGAUCUGAAUUUGAUGAUACCUGGGACCCUAGAGAACAGCCAGAGUAUCAGAUUUUAUUCAAACAGUGUGUGGGAACAGAGGAUGUCUUCUUUGGGAUGAGCAGGAAAGACCCCUCCACAGCCUGCUGUGAAGACGUAGUGAUUAAAAUCAAGCUACCAGAGACAAAGUACUCAGACAUCACAUUAGAUAUCCAGGACAAGGUUCUUGACCUUCGAACUCCCAAAAAGAAGCUGCUGCUGCACCUCCCCUACCAUGUAGACAGCAAGAACGGUAAAGCUCGUUUCCUCUCUGAAGAGGAGACCUUGGAAGUUACCUUGAGAGUAUCAAGGAAGUUUGAUUUCAUAAAUUUUGUCUGAUGGAUAGAGAAAUAGAGAAAGUUUGCAAAAAGUAAUCUCUUAGUUUGAAGUCUUCUCGAAACCUAACUGGUCAUGAAAUAGUAGAUUGUUUCCCUGGAACAGCCCAAGGGGAAUAUCCUUGGAGAAAUUGAAUGAGUCAGGAGGAACAUAGCACCCAUAGGUUCUUAAAGCUGAGGCUGUCCAGUUCUUGCACUGCUCUGGUUAACAUUCUGCUUCCUUCAGUCUGAUACAGGCUCUGUGAAUCAGAAAAUAGGAGAUUACAGUUCUGUAAGCCAGAGAAAGUCUUUCUGUGGUUAUGGUUGAUAAGUAGCACAGUGAGGCUCUGGUCAAUGAGUCUGGUGCUUACUUACUGUUGCAAGACUUGCAAGUGGUAGUAUUCUUGCUUGGCCUCCAUUGCUGUGACUGGGACCAGUUCAGAAUCUCCUCUUAGCUACUUCUUGAUGAGAUCAAAACUCUUCAGGGAUCCAUAUCCACAUCUGAGGCUCCUUUACACUGGCAGAACAAGGUAACCAACUAUAGCUGGAUUGUUGAACAAUUUUUGACAAUGUGUUUGUUCAGUGUCAUCUAUUCACCUGCUGUCCCUCCAGCUUUUUCUGAUCUUUCUUGAUUAAUAAAAGAAUGUGUUCUAAUGAA